CUAAUUAGCCAGCGAUUAAAUCAAUAAUUCAUCAAUCGACGAGCUCGGCUCGGAGCUCACGUGCACCCAACGAAGACGUCAAAGACCGAUACUUUGCAUAAUCUCCCGCACGACGACACCAGACGCCAGACACCAAACGCCAGAUACGAAACGCCAGACACCAAACGCCAGAUACCAGAUACCAGGCACCACCCGCCCGUCCAUCGCGUCCAUCGGUUGGUCUCCUCCUUGAACACCAAUCAGCGCAGAGCAGAGAGCAUUUCGGCCGUGGUCUCUUCUCUUCUGGUAUAUAAAUUGGGGAGGCAUCCGUAUUUCUUCCGUCAGUUAAUGCCACAGAUCGGACCGAUCCACAGAUCAAUCAAACAUCAAAUAUCGAACAGCAUGUCGUCGAAAUUCUACUUCUUCCUCGCAAUUCUACUCAUCUGUGCAAUGUGCAGCAGCUUGGGCGCGGGACGACCCACGGAAAAGCCCUCCCGCCACCAGCUGGAGGACAUCUACUGGAGGACGGGGGCAGUGCACGACGAGCGGCUGGCCGAUGCGGAGCACGACAGUGCCUACGAGCUGUUCAAGCUGAGGUCCAAGCCGACCACCCCGAUCAGCAUCGCGAAUCCAUAGACACUCUUGGACCUUUGGGUGUUUUCUUCUUUUUUUCCGGUUACAUAGAUUUCGUGUUAAUUAUGGUUAUGGCUAUGUGUUUGGAUUUAAAUAUAUGAAUAAUAAAAAGAG